AAAAAAAAAAAAAAAAAAAAAAAAAAAUCUACAUCCAAGUCCUUAUCAGUCCAAAUGAUGAUUCUUCCUUUUUCUCCUCCCCUCCCCCAAGUAGUUGUUGCAUUAUUUAAAUUCACACUGUAUUUCCACCAAACUAGAAAGAGUUACGUAUUAUAACUUCCAAUAAGUUUGGAUUCAACUACAUGGAAUCAUUCCAGGGAGGGAAUUCAUUAUUCAAAUGAACUGGGACCUGGCUGUAUUAUGGAUCAUAGUUCUCAAUGACUGAAGCAGAUAGAGUAAUGACAAUAAUGAAAAGUGGGAUUAAUAAAGCUUCCUGGAGGUAGUGAAUUUGAAGUUAAAUUGAAGACAUAUAUUGCACUUAGAUUAGUAGAAAAGGCAUUUUAAGUUAGAAGACUACCAUAUGAAAAGGCAAACAUUGGAAUAAAAAGAUGUAGUUACAUUGAAUGGCUCAAGGAGAGUGUUGUGAGGGAUUUCUACAUACUCUGCAUUUCUUAUUCUAUGCUAGUUAUUAGGGAAAUGCAGGAGGAAUGAAAUAAUGUAGUCUCUGAAACACUUUUAAAGUUCUUCAUUGCUUUCUAACAGUCUAAAAUCUUUUUAUUGGUUUUCUAGGCCCUCAGAAAUUGUAUCCCAGGCUUCUUUUAUGGAUCAUGUUUUCCAUUAUUUCUUUUUACAUGUUAGCCCUCCAUCAAAACUCUAAUUCUUCUUGUUCUCAUUGCCUUUGGUUACACUGUCUUCUCUGCCUAUAAUGCAUUGUAUUGCCUUCUUCUUCCCCUCCUUAUACCGCCCCCUCCUCCAGUGACUGUUCAAAUGCCUUUCCUCUGGUAAAGCCCAGUUUAAGCUAUCAUAUGAUGCUUUCCUUGAUUUUCCCAUUCUCUCUACUACCCUUCAUAAAAAAAAAAAAAAAAAAAAAAAUCCUACCCUUGGAAAUAACUUCUCCUUUUUGUGCUUUCUCAUAGCAAUUAUUCUAAUCUUAUGUUUAUUUGUAUAACUAUCAUUUCCUUCCCCUCCCAACUAGAUUGGAAGCUUAUUGACAGUAGGCAGGGGCCAUGUCUCUUAAAUAUUAAAUAUUUAUAUUCACCAGAGUGCCUAACACAGUGCCCUGCACAAAGUAGGAACUUACUAUUGAACUGAUUUAGCAGGGGGAUUAAAAAAAAAAAAAAAAAAAACCUAUAACUGGAUGGAACAACUGAGACCAAGUAUAAGAUAAUCUAUGGGCAAAGAUUCAAAAGGAAAUGUGGCACGAGCUGUAUGCUGAAUGGCUAAAGGGAGGUGCAUUAUAGGAUACAGUGAAUUUGGGAAGACAUUAUGAAUAUUGUUCUGAUUUUAAAGAAGUCUUAAGAAUUGAAGAAGGUAAAGAAGAAGAUAAGUUUUCUGCCUAGGUGGAACAGCAGUUGGAUGGAAUAAUGGAAAAUAGAGCAAUGAGUUUAGAGUCAGGAAGACUUGAGUUUGUCUUGCUUUUAAACACCAGCUUUUGUGGCCUUAGAGGAAUCAACUUUGUGUUUCUGUAAAACAAAGGACUUAGAACUCCAUGUCCCUUCCAGCUCUAAAUCUCUGGUCUUAUGAUGCUGUCAAAUGAAAAUGGGUAUUGAGGGCAAGGGAACAGAAAGGAAAGCUGUAAAUAGAUUGUUUCUGCUUGAUUGGAAUCUAUGUGUUGGGGAGAGAUAAAGUUGGAGAGAGAUGAAGAAGAAAGCCAAUCAGUGGAAAGCUGUGUGGAUUUGAUAUUGGAAGUUUUAGGGAAACAUCAUAGGUUCUUGAACUUGGGGUGAUGUCAGAGAGUUUUGAGAAGGGUUUUCAGAUAGCAACGUGGAAUUAGGGGGAGACUAGAGGCAGGGAAACUUGGUAAAGGGAGAUUGCGUCAAUAAAUUCUAAGAUAGAUUGCUAGAUUGGUAGCCUUGGGAAUAUUGAGGAAAGGUCAAUUUGAAGAAGAAAAGAUGAAUAUCAAAAAGAUUUCUUGCCUUGGUUUAGGAAGAGAAUGUUGCCAUGGAAAGAAAUGGAGAAGAUGAUUAAGGAUGAGAUAUUCAUGCUAAAGAUGUGCCCAGGACCCCCAGCCCAGGCCCAAAGCAAAGGCCUCCUGGGGGAACUGCUCUGACUUGAGGGGAACUCCAUGCGCCACGUGCAGGUGGAACCAACGCCAUCCCCUGAGCCUGGCCCCUCACAGCCCCCAGGUGGGCAGGGGGGCCCGAGGGGUGGGCUGCUCAUGGGCUUCAGCCAAGCAGGAGGGACUGUGUCCCAGGGAGUCUACGAGGUGUCUGUCUUCUCCCCUUUGGCCAGCCCUCCUGAACCCCGUAGGGCCCUGAAGCGGCCAGGACCGCCUACUGAAGGUGUCCGUGAGGCAAAGCGAGCUCCAGGAAUAGCUGGUCGGGAAGGACAGCUUCUUGAAGAGUUAGCCACAGUAGGGCCAUUGGAUGCUGGGCUCAGCCUGGGGCUUGGAGGGGCGGGCCAGCACUUCUCACAUCGUGGUCUCCAGGUUGUGGAACAUCGGGACAGUCCAAAUCCAUCUAGGACUACUGGAGCCUGGAUUUUCCCUGGGCCUCUACCACAUGCUUCCUAUAGCACUUUGUACACCAGAGACUGGGGCCCUCCAGAGCCCGGGGGGAGGAGGGCCCUGGGUGAGGUCCCUGGGCCAGGGUCACCUUGUGGCCAGCUGCACAUACUUGAUGCUGAUUUGCACAGUCUUGCACAGAAAGGGGAAGAAGACCCAGGACCCGAGAUGGGCAAUGGGAGCAGUCCCUGGCCUGGAGGACCCCCUGGUACUGCCAAUGGACAUAGUCCUGAGCAUACUCCCUCAGGCCCAGUCCCCCCAGGGCCCUGUCCUGCCAAGCGGAGGCUGCUCCCAGCUGGGGAGGCCCCUGAUGCCAACUCUGGAGAUGAGGGACCAGCCCCCCGAAGGCACAGGGCAGCUCCUUCUGGCCCUCCCCCCGCUGCCCGAAGUACUGAUGCCAAAGCUGCGCCAUUCUGGAACCACCUGCUGCCCGUUCCCAGGGAGCCAAUGCAGGGACUGGCAGACUGUAGUCCUACAGGACGAAGGCUGAAAGGUGCCCGAAGACUAAAACUGAGCUCCCUGCGAAGCUUCCGGAAGGGACCAGGCCUGCUGAUCUCUCCCAGUGCUCCCCCUGUUCCGACCCUUGCUGUCAGCCACACCCUGCUAGGCAAUUUUGAGGAGUCAUUGCUUCGAGGUCGAUUUGUACCAUCUGGCCACAUCGAGGGCUUCACUGCUGAGAUUGGGGCCAGCGGUUCCUACUGUCCUCAGCAUGUCACCCUGCCUGUUGCUGUCACCUUCUUCGAUGUCUCUGAGCAUAGUGCCCCUGCCCCCUUCCUGGGCGUCGUGGACCUGAAUCCUCUGGGGAGAAAGGGCUAUAGCGUUCCCAAGGCGGGCACCGUUCAAGUGACCUUAUUUAACCCUAACCAGACGGUGGUGAAGAUGUUCCUUGUGACCUUUGACUUCUCGGACAUGCCUGCUGCCCAUGUGACCUUCCUUCGCCACCGACUCUUCCUGGUGCCUGUGGGUGAGGAGGGCAAUGGGAGCCCCACCCGCCGCCUCCUCUGCUACCUGCUGCACCUCAGAUUCCGGAGUUCUCGCUCUGGCCGGCUGUAUCUGCAUGGGGAUAUCCGCCUCCUCUUCUCUCGCCGGAGCCUGGAACUAGACACGGGGCUCCCCUAUGAGCUGCAGGCAUUGACAGAGGCCCCUCAAAAUCCUCGUUAUUCACCUUUGCCCUGACUGCCCUGAUGAUUUCAGGCCUUUCCAAGGACACUAGCCUACUCCAUCUUGGACACGCUGGGCCUGAGGAGAGAGGCAGGUCCUCCAGGCCUGAAUUAAAGGGACAGCUAAACUCAAGGCUGAAGUAUUGACCAUUUGGUGUUUGAAACUCCUGUCCUUCAUCUUCCAGCUAAUUAACGCCCUGCUCCAGGUUCACACACACUCUCUCCCCUCCCUUUUGGCUUCCCAGCCACUACCCUAGAUGGUGAAGAAGAGAAAUUUACCUGAUGUCUGCAGGUGUAGGGAUUUGGGCCUUCUGCAUGUUCUGUAGACCAUGGGAGCACAGGCCUAUUACCCUUCCCUCAGCUUUCCCUUCCCAUCCUGGGCAGGGGCCACCUCUUGUUUUAUUUAUUGUUAAUUUAUAAUUUAUUCAGUUGGGACAGCUUUGUUGACCUCCAAAACCUGACAAUUGACAUGGCUCCACCCAUCUCAGAUACUGCCCUAACCUCCUGGUUUGAGCAGACUAAUCUCUGUUAAGGGGAAAAGAACUGCCCUUUCUUGGUUAGGGACAAUGAGGAUAAGAGGAACAGGAGAGUAUAGCAGAAUGGUGUGGGGGUGGCCUUACUCCAUGUGCCUGAGGGCCAGAGUAGAGGUGUUAUCCUGAAGAGACUGGGUCAGUAGCCAAAGACCUAGUUUCCCUAUUUCCUGUCUCCCUUCCUUUGCCCCAUGAUGCCUGCCAGAAACCAAAUGUGUGUGUGUGUGUGUAUGUAUGAGAGAGAGAUAGAGACAGAGAGAAAUAAGGAGGGUUAAGGUGGGCUCUAUAAUCCAAUGUACCCUCCCCCAAGCAUCUGCCUCUCCCACCCUUGGGGUCCUGAGUGAAGUGUGUGUUUGUGCAUGGGGAGUGGGGGGGAUUGGCGCAGAAGAGGCAUGGCUAGGGGAGCAGAGUCAGAGCCAACAACUAGGACUAUGCUCUUUCCCACCUCUUGCUUGGGAAGAGGCUGAGCCUCGGACUCUGACCUACCUACCUCAGCUUGGGGGAGGAAUGGCCCCUGCACAUUUGUGUUGUGGUUGCUGUGGUUCCUGGUUGUCUGUCCCCCCCUGGACUGUAUACCCUAUCCUGGACCCUGACCCAGCCCCAGUCCUGCCUCCUGGGGAUGAGGUUAGGGGAACAAGCAUUUGCAGAAACUUGAAAAUCAGAGGAAUAAAUUGUAUCUGGUACUUUUCUUAAAAAAAAAAAAAAAAAAAAAGAAAUUUAAUAAAUUUUUGUUUGGAGACA